GCCCUUUCAUCUUCUUUUUUCGGAAAUUGCAAAUUAGUACCUGUACACCUCCUGUCCUUCUUCUUCCCUGCACAGCCACCACACUGGACACCGCACCGGGAGUUGCCGGAAAAACUGGAGGGGCACAUCAAGCCUACCAUCGGAGAAGGGGUACCCUAAUACUACUUCGCCGGAAAUUUGCCGGGGGGCACUUGCCCAGGCAGCACCCCUCUCCUCCGCCCCUGGUGGUGAAGGUAGAAUGAUGGUGGAAGAUGACAUGGAUUUGGGUGCAAAUCCUGUUUUAUUUCCUCCUCACCUUCAAAGCAACUCCAAGCCGGCGACGGCGCUUAUGCACUACCGACGACUAGAGGCGACACCUCUGAAUCAUCACCUCGGCUACGGCGAGAGAGCUCUCCUCUGGAGGAAUAAAGGACAGAACUGGGGUCAUGUUGAUAAUUCAAGAUUUAACAUCUAUUUUAUAUGUGUGGAUGCAUCUCUAUCAGCAUUGGACCUUUUUGUUGAUAAAAGGGUUGAUCACAUGAUUGAAUCUGGUCUGCUUGAAGAAGUUUUUGACAUUUACCAGACAGAUGCAGACUACACAAAAGGCUUUCGACAAGCUAUUGGUGUUCGGGAAUUUAAUGAUUUUUUGACACAGUACUGCUUUUAUGCACAUAAAUAUUCUAGUGAUGCAUCAGGACUUAGUUCGCGGCCAACUCACCAAAGAAGAAGAAGAAGAAUCCAAUGCAUGCAAAUGUUUUUUUUUGGAUGGGAGAUUCAUUAUAUUGAUGCUACACGUUACAUUUUGGCUACUUUGUUGAAUGAAAUCAAUGGAAGUCGAGCAAUCACGCGGCGGAUACGAAACCAGUGCUGGAGGAGACUAAGUUGGCUAUCUUUUUAGGCGGGGCUGAGAUGACAAUUGGACUUGUGACCACGUGGUUGCCAUCGCUCCAUUUGUACCAGCCAAAUUCGUUAGUAGACACCUUUCUUUUCUUGGUGUUUUCAGCCUUAACACUUAUGCUGAAACUCUGUUUUUCUCCAACUCCUUUGAAUGUCAGGAUUGGUGGAGUAACGUUGACGGAGUAACUGGUUGGGGCUUUCACUUCCACCUUAUAAGUAGCCUUGGGUGAGCCCACAUUUGUAACUGUUCUUUUCACCACUACGGAACCUUUGAGGUUGGCUAUUGCGAGCGACGGAUAGUUGAGAUCACUUACGGAUAGAGGGUUCUUGGGGCAUUUGAAAGAGCGGUCUAGUGAAGUGCCAUUGACAGUGCAAAUAAAGCUAAGAUAAUCCGUGUAUGCUGCGUCGUACACGAGCCCAGGAUCGGCUGCUUUGGAUGGCCGCAUAUGGCCUCCUCCAUAAUGGAAUGGAGUUGCCACGUCUCCAUAUGCGUCCUCUAUUGGUCCCCCUCGGAGAUUCUCAGUUGUAGCUGAAAAAGAUUUAAUUGCAGCAGCACUCCACUGGGGAUGUAUGGCUUUAAGAAGGGCAACGGCACCAGAGACGUGAGGGCAUGACAUUGAGGUUCCAGAUAUGAUGUUAUUUUUCACUCUGCGAGGAUCUUCAGGUAACUCUGUUGGCGAUGAAGCCUCACUCCAUGCUGCUAGAAUGUUUAGCCCUGGUGCUGUGAUAUCAGGCUGCAACAUGUGCAACACAGCAUAUAUAACAAAUCACAUGGGGUAUCGGUGCAAUAAACUUUUUAUCAAAUC